AUGUCUGACAUGAUACGUUUCGAUUAUAAAGAUCACUGGAAAGAAAAAGAAAUUAUUCUUGAAAGAAUAAACGGUGACCAUGAACCAUUAGGAUUCACUAUUGCAGGAGGGAUUGAUGUAUCGUUCAUGAAUCAUCGUUUCACAUCUGUUAUUGUAACGAGUAUUACUGAAUAUGGUCUUGCAUAUAGAAAUAAACAAUUAAAACCAUAUGAUAGAAUAUUACGUGUGAAUAAUUUCUGUUUCAAUAAUAUAAAACAUCAAACUGCCGUUGAUAUUUUGAAAUCAUCGGGUCAGAAAGUGCAACUGUUGAUUCGACGUCUCGCACCAGAAUAUAGUGAAGAGAUUGAAUUGACGCAUAAUGGAAGAUUAAAUAUUUAUAUUGAAGGUGGAAUUGGAAGUGAAUACUUUAUAAACGAUCAUGGCAUAUUUAUCACCGACAUAAGUAAAUAUCAGACUAAUAAACAAUUAGACAUCGGUGAUCGAUUAUUACAAAUCUCUUCUACAUCGAACACGUACGAUUUACGAUUUGUAACAUUUGAAUAUGCUCAAAAAUGUAUACAAUUAGCCUGCACAGAAAGUCAAACGAUUAAAUUAUAUGUUGGACAUACAAGAUGCACGAAACGGAUACAAACUAAACGACCUGUGUUACGUGAAGGACAAUACGACCCAUUUGGCUCAAACGAUCAAAAGCCUGUUGAAGUCAAUAAAAACAAUUAUGAAACUACAUCGUACAAGUGUCACAGUAUGAUAUCUGUGCCUAGUGAUGAAUAUCAUGUGCCAAUCAAUACAAUGCGUAAUGAAGAGGGUCUUAUUAUUACAGCAUUCGAUUUUGACGAUUAUCAAAGAUAUGAAAAUCGUGGCAAACAUCGCAACAAUCGUUUGUUAAAUGGUCGCAAUAUCAGUCAUUCAACAGGGCCUCUGCCAAAUGAGGAGUCGCAAGCAAAUGCUAUUGGAACACCAAUGACACAACCGAAAACUAAUCGUCAAGUGAAUCAAAGCAGUCAAAGUCUUAAAGCACAAGUAAAUAAUACUAAUCCAAAUGCUGGUAUUAAACCGAAAACUGCAGAGGAAUUGAAAGUUGAACAAGCAGCGAUUCGAGGUGCUCAUGAAGAAAGAAUACGACGUCAGCAAAGUAGAACGAGUCAAAUAGCACGUGAUAAUUGUGGCAGAACAGGGGGAACAUUACGAUGGCAAAUUGACUAA